AUUUCUUGGUUGGUUCAAAGAAACAUUUUCUUACGAGAAGGUAUGUAUAUGAUUUUAGGAUAAUUUUACUUAUAAUUCGUUAAUGAUAACAGAUCAUUAUAUGGGGGUGAUUUAUCAUGAAAAAUGCAUGGUUAGAAAGUACUUAAACGGUUUCGACAUGUGAUAUGAUUUAUUGUUUGAUAACUCUGUGGAAAACUGACAAUGUGUAUAAAUAUGAAAAGUGUUCAGCCAAUUGAACGUCUUCUCCUGUGGCAGACAUUAACCCACGCAGACAAAUAAAGUUUUCUUGUGAACAGUCAACAAGUCUUCCUUCACAAAUUCCGUUGAUAAUUUUACUUGACUCUUCUUGUUUCCCAAAAUAUAAUUGAUGUAUAAACUAGGUUUCUUAAGCCCGAGUGAAAAUUGGUUUCUUAAUGGUUUAAAGGCAUUUAAUUUGCAACGCCGCAGGUAUGAAUUUCAACGGAACUGCUGGCGUUUUCCCAACCGCACUCCAAAGUUUGACUUCAAAAUUUAAUAUAAUUCCACUCUUUUACUCUGGCACAACGUUCUGACAAUGUUGGAGAGCUUUAAAUUUGAUUACAAGUACAACUGUACAAAUAUAGAAGUGGACGGACUCGUCAAUUGCGCGCUAAUCACGCCAUAUUUCGCUGUUUCCAACGUCACGGUGUAGACGGUAGCGAUAAAACAAUUUAGAAAAUUAGCAUAUGCGCGCACGUGAAAAACAUAUGUCGCGCAAUAUUUUAAUAUCUUACUUUGUCAGUUCAAAUCUAGUUCAUCGCGAACGCGACAGGGUUGGAGAAGUCUCAAUGAAAACUCACGCGUCUUUGGUGAACUAUUGACUUUGAAUCAAAUUUAUUUUUCAGAGCAAUUGUUAGACAAAUGAAUAUAGGUGCUAAUUGAGUGAUCUACAACUCCUCCAAAUCUAUGUUCUACGUUCAAACGUGGGAGUCCAAUGUCACAAUGUGCAUUAUUAAAAUUCUACAUUAAACUGCUGCAUUUUAUGUAUGAAGAAAUUCUGACACAACCGCGGCAGCUGAUGUGCUCCUCAAUAAAAGAAAAAGCCAAAAUGCUCUAUUAACUGAUAUUAUUAUUUAUUUAACACGUCCGUGUUACCCGAAAAUUGGUAUGACUAAUUUUGACGGUAUUUUGCAUCAAAGCACUCGUGUAAGGAAACAAAAGAGUUUUAUGUUUUGUCACAUGUGUUGAAGAUUACACCCAACCCCGUGUUGUUAACUAACAUUCCUUGGUUAACUUAGUUUUUAUAUGAUAAUCCUUUUCCAGAUACAAGAUGGCAAAAAUAUUAAUAAUUUUCCUUAUAUUACAUCUAUUGGUUGACCUCGUUACCAUGGUACCGCUGAUGUCACCACAAGAUGUCCUGCGCGAGAGUCACGAGAAGGCGCCCACGCUAUUCGUGAUGAAGAAAACGCAACUGAAACACGACUGGUGCAAAACACGCGUUCUACAACAAGUCGUGAAGAGCGACGGAUGCCGGCCAUUACAAGUGCACAACAACUACUGCUACGGUCAGUGUAACUCCGUGUACAUCCCUCUGUCAGGAGAUACGAGUUCUUUCGAGUCUUGCGCAGUCUGUACACCCAUGCUGGCGUACUACAAAGUUGUCACAUUAAAGUGCCCCAGGAAAAUUGUCAAAUUCAAGCGAAAGAGAAUUCAAUAUAUUAAACGAUGUCGUUGCACUGCUGCUGAACUCACAGCUCUAAAUACUUAUGAAAAUCCAUAAAGGACGCUAGCUCUCCUCUAAAAUAAAGUGCUAUAGCCUUGCAUAUAGCAAUGUAACAGACUAUAAUAGUUGUGUAGUACGCAUGAGCAAUGGUAGCAAUAGUUGAAGUGCAGCCACUAACCUUUAAGGACUUUAAGAACUAAAACUGAGAACUUUAAGGGAUGACAUAAAUUACUGGUUGCCCAGUAUUUUACAUUGUAACCUUAUAUUACAUCAAUACUAAAUAUACAAUACAAUAAUACUUAUUAAACUAAAAUGUCUGUGUGAUAUAAGUGUUCGCAGUUCUUAAUAAGGUAUUUUAAUUAAAUGUUUUUCAUGAUUACAUAAACUAUUUUUGGUGGUGAUGUCAGGACUAUAAGUUGCUUCCAAAGUUGGGCUCCGCUGACAUAAAAAAGAAUGAAAGCCACACUUUGUGCAGAUCUUGGCACCACCUAUUAUGGUAUUCCUGGCAAAUGUAAUAUUUCAGUUAAUAUCCUAAGAAAAAAUGUAAUAUAUGUUUG